AUGGGUGAAUCAAAUAUAACACUUUCUGAUCAAAUGCAUCAAAUAUUUAUUUUAUCAUCUAAACCAGUGGCUGAUCAUACUGGCACAUAUGUUGUAUUAUUAUUAACUAUUCUUCUAUUUAUUCUUCUAUUUUAUUUAAUGUAUAAUUUUAUUUCAUAUAAACGCUAUUCAAUAUCUCGAAAAAAUCAAAUGAAUUCAUCUUUAUAUUCAACAGAACAAUUAAAUGAUCAUUUAUCAUUUGUUCUUGGUCAAACAAUUAAGUCUAAACCUGAAAGUCAUGUAAAAUUAAAUGAUGAAUUAAAAAUUCCAUUGCAUCGAUUACCAUUACAAACAACUACUACAUUAUCAAUGUAUCCAAAUUUAAGACAAACAAAAAAUUUUAUUUCAAAUCAAUAUGAAAUUACCAAUCAACUUAUUUCUGAUCUCUGA